GCAGUUGCCGGUGGUAGCAGCAGGGUGUCUGUCAUAGAGUUGGUGUGUGUGUGCAGAGCGGCCCCUCCCCCUGCCCUCAGCUCCCAUCACACGGAGGAUCAGGAGUCCGCCUCCCAUACCCAGUGCUGUCGGGCACGCAGGUCACCAUGUCCGGCACGCAGGACGAGAGCUCGGUGCGGGUGGCUCUCCGAAUCAGACCUCAGUUGGCCAAAGAAAAAAUUGAAGGCUGCCAUAUUUGCACAUCUACAACACCUGGUGAACCUCAAGUCCUGCUAGGAAAAGAUAAAGCAUUCACAUUUGAUUAUGUCUUUGACCUCGAUUCAGUGCAGGAGGAGAUCUACAGUCAGUGUACAGAAAAACUUAUUGAAGGUUGCUUUGAAGGAUACAAUGCCACAGUUUUUGCUUAUGGCCAAACAGGUUCUGGCAAAACCUACACAAUGGGAACAGGAUUUGACGUGAAUAUAACAGAAGAAGAGCAAGGCAUCAUUACACGAGCUGUUAAACAUCUUUACAGACAGAUUGAGGAAAAGAAGCAAAAUGCCAUGCAACAAGGGCUUACACCUCCUGAUUUUAAAGUUAAUGCCCAAUUCUUGGAGCUUUACAAUGAAGAAGUUCUUGAUUUGUUCGAUACAACACGGGAUAUGGAUUCUAGAAAUAAAAAGUCAAAUAUCAAAAUACACGAAGAUUCAACUGGAGGAAUUUAUACUGUUGGAGUCACAACACGUAAUGUAAACUCCGAAGCAGAGAUGAUGCAGUGCUUAAAACUUGGUGCCUUAUCUAGAACUACUGCCAGCACACAAAUGAAUGUCCAGAGUUCCCGUUCACAUGCCAUCUUUACCAUCCACCUUUGUCAAAGUCGAGUGUGUCCCAGACUUGAUAAUGAGAAUGACUUGGAUAAUAGGAUAACAUCUGAAUCUUCUCAAUUGAAUGAGUUUGAAACUCUUACUGCCAAGUUCCAUUUUGUUGAUUUGGCUGGCUCUGAGCGUCUAAAGCGUACGGGAGCUACAGGAGACAGGGCUAAAGAAGGAAUUUCUAUCAACUGCGGACUACUGGCCCUCGGAAAUGUAAUUAGUGCAUUAGGAGAUAAAGGUAAAAAAGCCACACACGUGCCUUACAGGGACUCCAAACUAACACGACUUCUUCAAGACUCACUUGGUGGUAACAGUCAAACGGUUAUGAUCGCUUGUGUAAGUCCUUCUGAUAGAGAUUUCAUGGAAACAUUGAAUACACUUAAAUAUGCCAAUCGAGCACGCAACAUAAAGAACAAAGUUAUGAUCAACCAAGAUCGAACUAGUCAACAGAUAAACGCAUUGCGCAAUGAAAUAACACGGCUGCAGAUGGAGCUAACUGAGUACAAAACGGGUAAAAGGAUUAUUGACGAAGAAGGUGUUGAGAGCAUUAAUGAUAUGUUCCAUGAAAAUGCAAUGCUGCAGACUGAAAACAACAAUCUACGAAUGAGAAUUAAGGCCAUGCAAGAAACCAUUGAUGCAUUGAGAACAAGGCUUACUCAGCUUAUGAGUGAUCAAGCCAAUCAGAUCCUUGCUAGAUCAGGGGAUGGAAAUGAAGAAAUAAGUAACAUGAUUCACAAUUACAUCAAAGAAAUUGAAGAUCUCCGAGCAAAACUAUUAGAAAGUGAAGCAGUGAAUGAAAAUCUCCGACGAAACUUGUCAAGAGCUUCAACCAGGGCAUCCUAUUUUUCUGGUCAUUCUCCUUUUCCUACUUCCAUACUUCCUGCUGAGAAAGAGACCACUGAAAUUAUAGAUAUGGCCAAAAAAGACUUGGAAAAAUUGAGAAAGAUUGAGAAAAAGAAGAAGAAAAGGCUACUGCAGCUUCAGGAAAGCAACCAAGAAGACAGAAGUGUUGUUAGAGAUGAGAACACUGAUAAUGAGAAGUUAGAAGAAAAGGGCAUUGCUGAAGGAGAGACCCAUGAAUUGGACAUUGAAGUAAUCCAAGAAGGGAGUGAACAUGAUGAAGAAGAUGAGGAGGAAGAAGAAGAUGAUGAUGAAGAUGCUGCUGAUAGUUCAGAUGAAUCAGAUUCUGAACUGGAUGAAAAGGAGAAUUACCAAGCUGAUCUAGCAAAUAUUACCUGUGAAAUUGCGAUUAAGCAGAAGUUGAUUGAUGAAUUAGAAAACAGUCAGCGACGAUUACAUACCCUAAAACAGCAGUAUGAAGAGAAACUCAUGACCCUGCAGCAUAAAAUAAGGGACACUCAGCUAGAGCGAGAUCGGGUUCUUCAAAAUAUGGGAUCAAUGGAAAGCUGCACAGAAGAAAAAGCCAAGAAAAUAAAGAGUGAAUAUGAAAAGAAACUUCAGACAAUGCAUAAAGAACUUCAGAAACUGCAGACCGCUCAAAAAGAACAUGCUCGGCUAUUGAAAAAUCAAUCGCAGUAUGAAAAGCAAAUGAAGAAAUUGCAGCAGGAGGUGGUUGAAAUGAAGAAAACAAAGGUACGGCUUAUGAAACAGAUGAAAGAAGAGCAGGAAAAAGCUAGACUUUCAGAAUCUCGUAGGACCCGUGAAAUUGCUCAACUCAAAAAAGACCAGCGGAAGAGAGAUCAUCAGCUAAAACUAUUGGAAGCCCAGAAAAGGCAACAAGAAGUUGUGCUGCGCCGCAAAACUGAAGAGGUUAGUGCACUUCGGCGGAAAGUAAAACCAAUGACCGAUAAAGUUGCUGGAAGGGUAAACCGUAAAAUAAGUUUACCAGAGCCAAUUUCUGAGCAUGCAUCAAAUUUAUCGGAGGAGCCGGACUCUUUCAGAGGAGCGAUAAAUCAAAGAAUUAGAAUUCCUGUUGCUAGAGUUCAGCCUGCGCCAUCCACUGCCUUAAAUGGAACAAGAAAAAAACAUCAGAGGAGGGGAACAAGUAUUUACACUACAAAGGCAGCCAGGCAGAAAUGGCAGUCACUGGAGCGCAGGAUCACAGACAUUGUGAUGCAGAGAAUGACUAUCUCCAAUAUGGAAGCUGACAUGAACCGACUUCUGACGCAACGUGAAGAACUUACAAAGAGAAAGGAAAAAGUCACAAAGAAAAGAGACAGAAUUCUUAAGGAAGUUGGAGACAGUGACAAAAAUGUCCAUAACUUCAGUGAUGAAAUAGAGUCUCUAACUGCAAAUAUUGACUACAUUAAUGACAGUAUAGCUGAUUGUCAAGCCAGCAUCAUGCAGAUGGAAGAGGCCAAGGAUGAAGGAGAUACGUUGGAUGUCACUGCAAUUAUUAGUUCUUGCACACUAACAGAAGCACGGUACUUACUUGAUCAUUUUCUUUCCAUGGCUGUAAGCAAGGGUCUCCAAUCAGCUCAAAGAGAGGCUCAAAUUAAAGUUCUAGAAGGGCGUCUUAAACAAACUGAAAUAACUAGUUCUACUCAAAACCAACUCUUGUUUCACAUGUUAAAAGAAAAGGCAGAGCUAAAUCCUGAACUUGAUGCUCUACUAGGUCACGCAUUACAAGACCUAGAUAGCAUUCCACUGGAAAAUACAGAAAAUAGCAGUGAUGAAGAAGGAUCAUUGCAAAGCCCUGGAACAGAAGGAAGUUCCCUGUCAUCGGAUUUAAUGAAACUGUGUGGUGAGGUCAAGCCCAAGAACAAGGCUCGGAGAAGAACCACUACUCAACUGGAGCUGCUUUAUGCAGAUAGUGGAGACUCGGCCCCUGAUCCGGGUACAGGAGAAGCUGGUCUUCCCCCUUACCUACCCCCAGUUUCAGAACUGCAAGAGAUUGGAUUGAAUUUGGAAACAAGUGGAGCUAAUAUUAGGGAGAAAGAUCUGCAGCAGCCACCUUCUAAAAUAGGCAGCAUAGCAAAGCAAACUACAGUGACUGACAAACGAGCGCCUGAGCCAUCACCAUUAUCAAGAAGGAAGAUAUAUGACAAAGGAGGAGAUAAGCCUGUUAAAACCAAAGAACAGAAGUUCUCAGAUUCGGGAACUUCAGAGGCUAGUCUGUCACCUCCUUCCUCCCCAACAAGCCGGGCCCGUAAUGAAAAGAAUGUAUUUAGCCGUCUCACAGUUUCUCAGGGAAACGCAGCCUUUCAGCAGGAUAAGUCUGAUGAAAGUGAUUCCUCUCUGUCCGAGGUACACAGGGGCAUAAUUAACCCAUUUCCUCCCUCCAAGGGAAGCAAGGCAUCGCUUCUGCAGUGCACCCAUGUUGCUGAAGGGCACAACAAAGCUGUGCUGUGUGUAGAUGCUACUGAUGAUCUGCUAUUUACUGGAUCUAAAGAUCGUACUUGUAAAGUAUGGAAUCUCGUCACUGGGCAAGAAAUUAUGUCACUUGGAGGCCAUCCUAAUAAUGUUGUGUCUGUGAAAUAUUGUAACUACACCAGUCUAGUGUUCUCUGUUUCAACAUCUUACAUUAAGGUGUGGGACAUUAGAGAUUCUGCUAAAUGCAUUCGGACACUUACGUCUUCCGGUCAAGUGACUACUUUGGAUCCAUGUGGUGGAAGUCACAACAGGACAGUAACUAUUCCUCCAGGGGAAAAUCAAAUAAAUCAAAUUGCACUGAACCCUACAGGCACUGUCCUGUAUGCAGCUGCUGGGAAUGCAGUGAGGAUAUGGGACCUAAAAAGGUUUCAGUCCACUGGAAAACUAUCUGGACAUCUUGGACCUGUUAUGUGUCUUACUGUAGAUCAGAUGGCUAACGGUCAGGAUCUAAUCAUCACCGGAUCUAAGGAUCAUUAUAUCAAGAUGUUUGAAAUUACCGAAGGAGCUCUUGGCACUGUAAGUCCUACAUAUUGUUUUGAACCACCACAUUAUGAUGGUAUUGAAGCUCUCAUCAUUAGUGGAGAUAACCUUUACAGUGGCUCAAGAGACAAUGGGUUAAAGAAAUGGGACCUUUCACGGAAAGACCUUGUUCAGCAAGUUCCAAAUGCUCACAAAGAUUGGGUAUGUGCUGUUGGAACAGUACCCAAUUGCCCUGUCAUUCUAAGUGGUUGCCGAGGAGGCGUUAUCAAGCUGUGGAAUGCUGACACGUUUCAGCCUAUUGGAGAUCUUAAAGGACACGAUAGCCCUAUCAAUGCGAUCUGCACAAACUCUACUCACAUUUUUACAGCAUCAGAUGAUCAAACUGUGAAAAUUUGGAAAGCUAAUGGUUUACUGGAUGGGCAGUUAUCGGAUGCAGGUGACACAAGUGAAGAUGUUGCCAGCAACUAAGCCCGAAUCUUGGACGUUGUCUUAAGAAGAUACUGUGAUAAUCUGUUUACUGACUUAUUUGGGCAUUUAAUAACUUAAAGUAGUCGGAAUUGUAUAGGUUGGACCUAACUGGAAACUGUAUAAAAUUUAACCUGUAAUGCUAAUGGUACAGUGCUAGUGCUUAGCAUAAGAAGCCUUCCAAACUGCUGUAGCAAGCAAGCGUGGUAUACUGCACACCUAGGCACCCGAGAGUUCACUUUAUUGUAUGGUUUGUUUAAACAGUGUUGUUAAGACAGAAUAUAUAUGGUCUGUUCUGUACACUUCACAGCAAUGCAAAUGCUUGUGGCAUAUUUACGCAAAUCUCACUGAAAUAAUUCACUUUUAAAAAAUUCUAUGCUAUCCAAUGUAUAAUCCUAAUUUGUGGUAUUAAAAUGUAAGCCGGCAGUUAAAUACCAAUACAAACUGCCUAUAAAGCAUUGUCGUUGGAUUCGUAUACACACUUGACCAAAGUUGUGCUUCUUUGUGCCCACUUGUGCUCAGGAUUUGAUGUGCGAUAAAUGUUUAAAAAAAUAAUUACAUGUUCAUUCUUUCUUUUGGGUUACUAACAAUUUCUCUCUUUUAUUUUUUUGCUGAGAAAAAAUACUUUGUAGAAUUUUGUCAUUUUAUUCUUCUUUUUGAUUUUGGUUUAUUUUUUUAUUGUCCAGACUGCUGAAAUACAUCAUAAAUUAUUUGUUCCUAGAGGUUUGUUUUUAUUUAAAAAUAAAUAAACAUUGUUUUAUUUUCUGCUUA